CCAAUAUGGCAGCCCCCAUCGAACUUCACGAGUUUCGUGUUUUGGAAUUAUAUAGUGGAAUUGGUGGCAUGCAUUAUGCCUUAAAACAAAGUGGAGUGAAUUUUAAGGUUGUAACUGCAAUAGACAUCAAUACCACUGCUAAUGAAAUUUAUCGACAUAAUAUUCAAAGGGUAGAAUUGAAGUCAGUUGGUAUUGAGAAAAUAACGCUCCAACAAUUCGAGAAGUGGAAUAUUGACAUAAUUUUAAUGAGCCCACCUUGUCAACCCUUCACAAGAAUUGGUAAUAAGAAAGAUGUCUGUGAUAUUAGAACUCAGUCAUUUCUUCAUGUAUUAGAUCUCAUUGACAAAGCUACAAAUAAACCGCAAAAUAUACUAGUUGAAAAUGUAAAGGGAUUUGAACUAAGUGAAGCAAGACAGUGUUUGAUCAACACAUUGCAAGCAAAUAGCUACUAUUUUCAGGAGUUUCUGUUAACACCUUUGCAGUUUGGGAUCCCAAACUGUCGUUUAAGAUAUUACUUAAUUGCAAAGUCAAAAUGUUUUAAUUUUGAAGUUACGGACAUGCCAAUUACAGAGAUUCCAAAUUGUCCAGACGACUGGUUAGCAUACAACCAUGAAAAUGAAAAGGAUCUUCGAACAAAUAUCUCAGUGGAAUGUGAAUCAAAAUGGCAACCUUUAGAGAACUGUGAACAAAACAUUCAUCAAGAAGAACUUGAAGAUCAUGUCAUCUCUGAUAAAUGUCUUAAAUUAGUACAUUUUCUAGAAAAAAAGAGUACCGACUAUUUUCAAGAUUAUUUAGUUGAGGAAAAGAACUUAAAGUGGUUUAUUAUAAUGGACAUUGUUCACCCAGGUCUUAAAAAAACAAUGUGUUUUACGAAAAGAUAUGGACAUUAUAUUAAUGGAGCAGGGCCUAUUAUACAAAUGUCUAAUAAUGUAUUAGAGUUUAAGGAUGCAUGUGAAUUAAAGAGCAAAACUGUUUCCAAGAAUUCACGGGAGUUUUGGCAGGAUGAGGAGAUGGAAAUCAUCAGAAGACUAAAACUCAGAUACUUUACUCCAAGAGAAGUUGCAAAUCUCUUGUGCUUUCCAAAUGACUUUGAUUUUCCAUCAAAUCUUAAUCGUAUUCAACUUUACCGAUGUUUAGGCAAUAGUUUGAAUGUUUAUGUUGUGUCUUUACUUAUAAAACUAAUGUUAAUGUGAUA